AUGCAAGCAUUCAAGAACUUCCAGGCUAGUAUCCCCGCGCUCCCAGCAGUGGACGUAUCGGGAUUCAACAAGUCUUUCAGAAAUACCGUGCAAGCUACCAGGGAGAGAAUCGGUCAAGUUGGUCCUGAUGGAAUUACCGAGCUACCAGCAGAGUACAAAGCUCUCGAAGCUAGAGUAGACGCUUUGAAGGAUGUUCAUCAGAAAUUACUGAAGAUCACCAAAGUUCACGAGAGAGAAUCGUACGAUUACCCAUCUGAUAUCGCCGAAUCACUCAACGAAGUAGGCCAUCAAGCUGCAUCAGCCUGGUCUGUAUUUGCCAACAAGAACCUGAAGAAUACCAACCUCCCGAUUCCCAUCCCGUCACCAUCCGCUCCUACACCUCAUCAACCCAAGACCCUCCCUCACGCCAUUUCUAGAGCUGCUAAAGCCGGUGCUACUGAGUUGGGUUCAGAGGAUAGAUUGAGUAUCGCUUUGGGCGUUUACGGUGCGGCUAUGGAGAAGGUCGGUGACGCUCGUCUUUCGCAAGAUAACCUGAUCGCCGACCGAUUCGUCACUCCUUGGCAAGCCACUUUAUCCACUUCGAUCGGUCUCGCCGUCAAAGCUAGAAAUAACGUAAAGACCGCUAGACUGGAGUUGGAUUCAGCUAGAGCAGCACUCAAAUCUGCUGCUCCUGCCAAACAAGAACAAGCCAGACUUCACGUAGAAGAAGCUGAAGAUAAAUUAGUUCAAGCCACUGAGACUGCCAUUGGACUGAUGAAAGCUGUUCUUGAGAAUCCCGAACCUCUUCAAAACCUCUCCAAUCUCGUUAAAGCUCAAUUGAUCUACCAUUCCACCGCAGCUGAAACUCUCAGUGGUAUCCAAUCUGAGAUUGAGGAAGCUGCUACUGCCGCUGAGGGUGAAUACAGAACUUCAAGAGGUGCUUAA